GCCAAUGGCGGCGGGCUAGCCCCUGUAGCGCGGCUUGGGCGCCCCCACGCCCGCCCUGCGUCCUUCCCCGGCACCGCCCCGCACGAGUCCCGGAUUCCUCCGGCGGUGGCCGCAGUCUGACAGGAACGCCACCUAGCCAAGAUGGCAGCGGCCGACGGCGACGACUCGCUCUACCCCAUUGCGGUGCUCAUCGAUGAGCUCCGCAACGAGGACGUCCAGCUUCGUCUCAAUAGCAUCAAGAAGCUCUCCACCAUCGCCUUGGCCCUUGGGGUUGAAAGGACCCGCAGCGAGCUCCUGCCCUUCCUGACAGACACCAUCUAUGAUGAAGAUGAGGUACUCUUGGCCUUGGCGGAACAGCUGGGAACCUUCACCACUCUGGUGGGAGGCCCUGAGUAUGUACACUGCCUGCUGCCACCGCUGGAGUCACUGGCCACAGUGGAGGAGACAGUGGUUCGAGACAAGGCAGUGGAGUCCUUACGGGCCAUCUCACACGAGCACUCGCCUUCCGACCUGGAGGCUCACUUUGUGCCGUUGGUGAAGCGGCUGGCGGGUGGAGACUGGUUCACCUCCCGCACCUCGGCCUGUGGCCUCUUCUCUGUCUGCUACCCCCGAGUGUCCAGUGCUGUGAAGGCAGAACUUCGACAGUACUUCCGGAACCUGUGCUCAGACGACACCCCCAUGGUGCGGCGGGCCGCAGCCUCCAAGCUGGGGGAGUUUGCCAAGGUGCUGGAGCUGGACAAUGUCAAGAGUGAGGUCAUCCCCAUGUUCUCCAACCUGGCCUCUGACGAGCAGGACUCGGUGCGGCUGCUGGCGGUGGAGGCGUGUGUGAAUAUCGCCCAGCUUCUGCCCCAGGAGGACCUGGAGGCCUUGGUAAUGCCCACCCUGCGCCAGGCUGCCGAAGACAAGUCAUGGCGUGUCCGCUACAUGGUGGCUGACAAGUUCACAGAGCUUCAGAAGGCUGUGGGGCCCGAGAUCACCAAGACAGACCUGGUACCUGCUUUCCAGAACCUGAUGAAGGACUGUGAGGCCGAGGUGAGGGCCGCAGCCUCCCACAAGGUCAAAGAAUUCUGUGAAAAUCUCUCAGCUGACUGCCGGGAGAAUGUGAUCAUGACACAGAUCUUGCCCUGCAUCAAGGAGCUGGUGUCAGAUGCCAACCAGCACGUCAAGUCAGCACUGGCCUCGGUCAUCAUGGGCCUCUCUCCCAUCUUGGGCAAGGACAACACCAUCGAGCACCUCCUGCCCCUCUUCUUGGCUCAGCUAAAGGACGAGUGCCCCGAGGUGCGGUUGAACAUCAUUUCCAACCUAGACUGUGUGAAUGAGGUGAUUGGCAUCCGGCAGCUCUCACAGUCCCUGCUCCCUGCCAUUGUGGAGCUGGCUGAGGAUGCCAAGUGGCGAGUGCGCCUGGCCAUCAUUGAGUACAUGCCCCUGCUGGCUGGACAGCUGGGUGUGGAGUUCUUUGAUGAGAAACUCAACUCUUUAUGCAUGGCCUGGCUGGUGGAUCAUGUCUACGCCAUCCGGGAAGCAGCCACCAGCAACCUGAAGAAGCUGGUGGAGAAGUUUGGGAAGGAAUGGGCCCAUGCCACUAUCAUCCCCAAGGUCUUGGCCAUGUCUGGAGACCCGAAUUACCUGCACCGCAUGACUACGCUUUUCUGCAUCAAUGUGCUGUCUGAGGUCUGUGGACAGGACAUCACCACCAAGCACAUGUUGCCCACAGUUCUGCGUAUGGCUGGAGACCCAGUUGCCAAUGUCCGCUUUAAUGUGGCCAAGUCCCUACAGAAGAUAGGACCCAUCCUUGACAACAGCACCCUGCAGAGUGAAGUCAAGCCCAUCCUGGAGAAGCUGACCCAGGACCAGGAUGUCGACGUCAAGUACUUUGCCCAGGAGGCUCUGACUGUUCUGUCUCUUGCCUGAUGCUGGAAGAAGACCAUGACCAGCCUCUGGAGUCCACCCUGCAGACCCCACCAAGGACCUCCCUUGGGGAGGUGGUGGGGGGCCAGUGACUGUCACUCCCCGUGCAUGGUCUGACCCCAGGCCCCUCCCUCAGCACGGUUCCUCCUCUCUGUCGUCUGGGAAGACUUCUUUCUGUCCACCUCCCAAGGGGCUGGGGCAGCACAAGGUGGGAUGGAGCGGCGGCCCUGGAAGGGAAACUGCUCCUCCCACACUGGGGAGAAAUGGGAGCACCCUAGGUCACUGGCUCCUGCUGCUGUAACGGGGACCCUUCCCCAUCCACCUAAUGCCUCCCUUCAACCCGUCCCCCAGCCAUGUUUGUUUUGUGUCAACUGUGCCAUUUUUAUUUUAUUCCUUUUCCCCACUCUUCACAGAGAAAUAAAGGUGUAGAAAUAGC